UAAAGGACAAUGCUCAUCUUUACCCUCCGUUACCUGCCCAAAAAUGAUCUACAUACAAAGCUGUAGCCACAAUUUCCUUCUUUUGCGCAGAGAAGCUACGAACCAUGUCUAACCGUGCAUGUAGGUAAAGUAAGCGCUGGGCACAAGUGAGGAUUCACCCGUCGGCACACAGGAACGGCGUCAUUUCCUCUCUGUAUUUUUGUACAUUUCUCGUUGCCUGCAGUAUAUUACUUGUAUACUGUGCGGUAGUAUCGGUGACAUUACCCUUGUAGACUGUAAUGACUGACAAGCUUCCUGACAUGUAGAGAGAUACCCUGAUAUGAUAGCAUGCGGAUAGUCCCCAAUGGUUUACUAUCUCAGAUGUCUAUGCAAGAACCAUCGAAAGCCGAGCUACGAGAGGACUUCUCAGCUCUAACGAAGAAUCCCUGCUAUUUAUAAGACUAAAGCCAAGCCGUCAUUCCUUCCUCAUGAAUCGUGGUACCUACAUGAAGAUUUUCAGCCUAUGUUUUAUUAUCACUAUGCUUAUUAUUGUAUAUACAUAUAACAAGGGGACUCAUGACGAACUGUUCCUGGUCCAUCAGAAGCCUACAACCCCCAGGUAUCCAUACCGCAUAGAAGAAGACAAGAAAUGUAAAGGUGAUGCACCAUUUUUGGUGUUGCUCAUCUUUUCAUCUCCUGAGGAGUUCCACACCAGAAAUGUCUUGAGGAGCACUUGGGCCAAUGAGUCUUUGGUCAGUGGUGUCCGCAUCGUGAGGCUUUUCCUCUUGGGAAUGUCCAAUAGAAGCAAAGAGGUGAUCGAAGAGAGUGAACAAUUCCACGACAUCAUAAUGCAGGACUUCCUGGACUCUUACUACAACCUGACAGCCAAGACACUGAUGGGUAUGGAGUGGGUCAGCCGUUUAUGUCCGAAUGUCAAGUAUGUCAUGAAAAUCGACACCGAUAUGUUCUUUAACCCUUGGUUUCUGGUGGAGAUGGUGUUGCAGCCUCAAAGCCCACCCAAGAAAAACUUUUUCACAGGGCUGAUUGUGCAUGAUGCUUUACCACACAGAGACAAGGAGAGCAAGUGGUACAUUUCCACCGAAAUCUACUCCCAAAAGUACUAUCCACCCUACUGCUCUGGGACAGGGUAUGUUUUCUCUGGAGAUAUGGCAAAAAAGAUAUACCUGGUGGCAGAGGUCUUACAGAUCUUCCCCUUUGAAGAUGUUUUUGUCGGAAUGUGCUUGCAAAGGUUAAAAGUAAAAAUCUCCGAACUUAGAGAAGCUUGGUUUAUAGGGGAAAGAGUUCCUUAUGCCCGGUGUAAGUUCACAAAGCUCGUCACAGUCCACCGAUUUACACCGAAGGAACUAUUGGAGGUAUGGCCAGAUUUCUUGGCUGCUGUAGAGACUUGUUAAGAAGUGACUUAGGCCUAACGCAUACCGGCAGACUGUUAUAUGGGACUCUUCAUGCCAUGAUAUGGUGCUUAUGUACAGUUCCUCCAAGGAAGACAACAAUAAUAUGGCAUCCAUUCCAAAUUGCCACAACUGUUUGCCUCCCUAUGAGAUUGGAUGCAUGGACAUUUACCGUGUCAUAAUCAUUUUAUAUAUGGAGCAGAACCUUAUGGUCAUCCUGGUAUACCUUAAAGGGAUACUCCAGGGAACUAUACCCAUAACCCAUCCUUCUUCUCUUGCCAACCUCUAUAAUUGUCUAAAUAUUAUUCAUUAGCUAUAUAGAGCAAUGUCCCCUCUUUCAGACGUCACUUACAUGCAGGGAGUAAGGAAAAGAAAAAAAACGUCAUCCAGCCAUCCACCGUGUCUCUGUCCAAGUCCCUAUCUGAAAGCAGCCCCACCCUACGGAGAGACACAGACCAUGUGGGUUCUGCCCUGCAGCGAUGAGUCAUGCUUCCUUUAGUGCUGAGAGUUGUGUGCAGCCCCAGCCAAUCACACUCUGAAUCUCUCUGCUCACAGCUCAUUGAAAUGAAUUACAGCGCAUAUGAAGGCAUACAGGAGCACGAGGUUUCAGCUCCCUCCUGCCGUAUGCGCUCCCGUAUGGGAGAAAACGUAGUGGGACCCCAGCCUGACUUGGAGUUAUAUUGUGUUGUUUAAGU